UAUUGUCUGUCACCAUAAUUAAAAAAGAAAAAGAAAAGAAAAGUGAAGUAGUUCACUGACUCGUAGAAUGUAGAAUCCAAUCACUCCAAAAGCAUAAAUGCGCAAAGCCAAGGAUUCAAACGAACAACACACUCUCAGUCUCUCUCUGUGAAAUCAAUGGAUGAAAUUAAGCACAAUUACAUCGAAGUCGACGGGUUAAAGCUCCACGUAGCUGAAAUUGGGUCUGAAUCAUCACCGGCGGUGAUUUUUCUUCACGGAUUUCCGGAGAUCUGGUACACAUGGCGCCAUCAAAUGAUUGCCGUCGCAAACGCCGGUUUCAGAGCAAUUGCACCCGACUACAGAGGAUACGGGCUAUCCGACAUCCCUGCAGAACCGGAGAAGACCUUAUUAGUUGAUUUGGUCAAAGAUACUGCCUCGAUCCUAAAUUCUCUCGCCAUUUCUAAGGUGUUUGUUAUUGGUAAAGAUUUUGGAGCAAUGGUUGCCUACCCGUUCGCCCUUUUAUACCCAGAGAAAGUUGCCGGAGUUAUAACACUUGGUGUGCCAUUCAUGCGUCCUGGUGGUCCUAAUCAUCUUCAAACCCUCCCUGAAGGCUUCUACAUCCGAAGAUGGCAGGAAUCUGGAAGAGCUGAAGCUGAUUUUGGUCGUUUUGAUGCUAAAACAGUGGUGAGAAACAUCUACAUUUUGUUCUCUAAAAGUGAAAUACCAAUAGCCCCUGAAAACCAGGAGAUUAUGGAUUUGGUGGAUUCAUCCACUCCUCUACCCUCUUGGUUCACUGAGGAGGAUCUUGAAAUAUACGGGGAUUUAUAUCACAAGUCUGGAUUUCAAACCCCACUCCAAGUUCCUUACAGGUCAUUCUCAGAGAAAAUUGAAUCUCCAAACCAAAAUGUGAUUGAUCCAAAAGUGGAAGCUCCAGCUUUGUUUAUAAUGGGUGAAAAAGAUUAUGUGUUCAAGUUUCCUGGAAUGGAGGAAUAUCUGAAGAGUGGUGAGGUCAAGAAAUAUGUACCAAAUCUGGAAAUCAUAUACUUGCCUGAAGGUUCUCAUUUUGUUCAUGAACAAUUCCCUCACCAGGGACUUUUGGAGGUAGGAUCUUACUUGAUGAGAUGAAUAAGAGAUAUAGAUGAAGUUUCGGGACUUGCGGAGCACCGAGGAGGAAGAUAUCAAUGAAAUGAAGAUUUUGGUCAUUCAAAGAUUUACACGGGCUGUGUAAAUGGAAGCCUUGUAUUUACACUGGUCGCGUAAACUAGGGGUGCAAACGAGCCAAGCUACUCGCGAGCUACUCGAGAUCGGAUCGUUAAAAGCUCGACUCGAAAUCGAUUUUAAACGAGCCCGAGCCGAGCUCGAGCUUAAUAUUAAGCUCGUUUAUUAAACGAACUCGAGCUCAAGCCUAUGUCAUUAAGCUUGAUUAGGCUUGCGAGCCUAAACGAGCCUUUAUAUAAUAUAAUUUAAUAUUAUUUAUAUAUAUUAAAAUAAAAACAUAUUAGGGGAGUUAUGGAUUUAGGGUAUUAGUAAACGAGCUCGAGCCGAGCUUAAGCUUAUUUAGACACGCCGGAUAAAAAACGAGUCGAGCCCGAGCUCGAGCCGAGCUUGUAUAAUUCUUUACAAGCUCGAGUCGAGCUUAAUAUAAGGAAGCUCGAAUCGAGCCGAGCUCGAGCUCGAGCCUUAUAUAACUUAAACGAGCCCGAGCCAAGCCUGGCUAGGCUCGGGCUCGGCUCGUUUGCACCCCUAGCGUAAACGCAUACUCUCGAGCAUUGUACUUUGAUGGCCUGACCAAAUUAUACAACGUACUUUUUGUGUUUACACAGCCGUGUAAAUGGUAGUGUUAAUUUACACGGGCCGUGUAAACGUGGUCGUAAGUUUAAAACAAUUUUUCCUUUUUCUUAAGAGGUGUAACCGGUUGUAGGGGAAGCGAAGUCGAUUUUGGGAGUUCUAGAGUCGAUUUUCUGAAGGAUUUGGAAGACAACUGUUACUUGGAAACACUUGGAUUUAGUUUGGAUUUCAAUUUGUAAGACUUUAACUUUAAUUUCUAGAUUUCUGUUUUGUUCUAGUCAUGUGUGGCUAGAACCCUAGACUCUCCAACUUCAUUUAUGACUAUUGCAUGUGACUUAAAGUUUGUUUUAAAUGCUAUUUAGUGAAUUUGAUUUUGUUGUAA